AUGUGCAACUCUGUUACUAUUACCCUUAUUGUGAUUCUACAGGCUCUGAAUGUCUUGCUUGCAAAGAGAAGUGCAAAUUUUGCUCUUCGCAUUAAUUCUUGUUCUGAGUAUACCCAGUCUGAUCGAAUGCAUACUGUUAGUUUGCCUGGAAACUGUGCAUGCAAUGAAGCACAGUGCACUGAUCAUCAAAAAAUGCAGAACUUGACAGCAAUUCGCUAUGCAGAUGCAAAAAUUGGUAUAACUUGAACAACUCAAAUAAUGAAUAGCCACCUGCAACCUCCUCUGCACUUCCUGCAAUAA